UGAUUUCAGUUUAGCUCUUCAUACCAGGUUCCAGAUUGCUAUGAAAUAGUGAUUUCCCAGAUAUUUGUGCUUAAAAAAUGAAAUUGUUAAUUGUGUUAUUCGUGAUUCAAAACAUCGAUAAAAUAGUUGCUCUCAUAAACUGUGCACUCGAACCGAGUGCUCCGGAUGCAAUCCUGAGGAAGAAAUUGCUGUGUGGGCAGUAUGAUAGUUCCGAACGACCAGUUAAAAAAUUCACUGACCCCGUCGUCGUCAGUAUGCAUAUGGUGUUGCAGAAUUUUGACAUUGAAGACGAUCGCCAAAAGCUAUUCAUCAACGUUUGGAUUCGCUUGUCAUGGCAGGAUCAGUUUCUGGUUUGGGACCCAAGAGAGCACACCGGUAUAAAGGACCUCAUGGUUGACUCCAAAGACAUUUGGCUGCCGGAUAUGAUGCCUUAUUCAGCUUAUUACAGCAACAAUCUGGAUGCGACCUGUACAUCGCCCAAGUGUAGCGUACUCUUCAACGGUGAGGUGCGGUGUAUUCCCGCCUGCGACUACCACUCGCUGUGCUACACAGAUUUCACAAAUUGGCCGUUCGAUCGGAUGAAUUGCACGAUUCGAUUUGGAAUGUGGGCUGAGUACGCCAACGAGGUGGAUUUCACAGCCGAUGGAAUGUCGUUUAUUUCGAAUCAAACCAACAGUCACAACCAGUGGAUCAUAACGGCGACCAAUGUAUCAAAGCAUACGGAUCCAAGUGAUAUCAAUGGAACUACAAUAUAUCCUUCGGUGGUUUACAACUUUAUCCUGGAGCGGCACUCGGGGGUGCAUUGUGCGAUAAUUCUGACGCCUGCUUUUGUUAUGAUAUCCCUUAAUCUCGUAUCAUUAUGGAUCAACUGUUGUUUCGUCGAAAGAUUGAUUAUGCUUUCUGUAAGCGUCUUCAUCCAUUUCCUGUUCAUAGUGAACAUGUACUGGCAGGUUCCUUACAGCGGAUCUACGGUUCCAGUUUUUAUGAUUUUCUUCCGUGAUUCCUUAAUCAUCACCGCAAGUUUGUUGAUUUCGACGGUUUUCAUCAAACAUCUGUACCUAAGCGCAAAGCCGAUCCCAGCUGUUUUAGGCAGUACAGUGACGGUAUUGACAGGGAACUCACUUGGUAAAUGGUUUUUCAAUCUGGAAACCACGGCGGAUCCGGAAGAUGAGACAAUGGAGGAAAAUAGACCUAAUGAGGAAUCACCAAAUGAGACAACGAGAGACACGGCCAUUCUGGUCGGAGAACAGCCUACGGAAAGUGUGGAGAAACCUUCCAAAUUGGACGAUAAAACGAGAGUUUUUGCAAAGGUACUCGAUAGAUUGUUAUUUAUAGUUGGUUUUGUAUCUUACACGUUGAUGAUCAUUACACUUAUUCCUAGAAACUAAUACCUGUAUAAAUUCAUAAUUAAGCAUUUAUUGCUGAAAAUGCUAUUAAAUCACAAUUGCCGAUAACACCUUCGAU